AUGAAUCAAAGUAUUGAAAAUUGGAAAGAUAAGAAAAGGAAGCAGCAAGAGAUUUAUGAGGAAGAAAACCCGUAUGGGCCUGACCCUGGAGAUGAGGAAUCAUGUGAUGUCUCUAAUACUGAAGCAGCCCCAACCCGGCAUGUUCCUACUGCAGCAACUAGAGGAAGAAAAAGAGGCAUUGCUACACCUAGUAUUGGAUACAAGGGGCCAAAUUUCAAUAGUUUGCGUGGUCCAUUACUUGCAAAGUGUGUUGAGGAAACUAGAAAUUUGGUUGAUGGAUUUCGUAAAACUUGGAGGCAAACUGGUUGCACAAUUAUGGUUGAUGGAUGGACUGAUAGGAAGAGAAGGACCCUCAUCAACUUCUUGGUACAUUGUCCCAAAGGUACUAUCUUUCUCAAGUCAGUUGAUGCCACUGAAAGUUCCAAAACUGCAGAGUUCUUGUUCAGAUUAUUUAGAGAUGUAGUGAACUUUGUUGGUGCUGAACAUGUUGUUCAUUUUGUCACUGAUAAUGCCUCAAACAUGGUUGCUGCUGGUAGAAGAUUAGAAGAUGAGUUCCCAUCUAUUUAUUGGUCCCCUUGUGCUGCCCAUUGUUUGAAUUUAGUAUUGUCUGACUUUGGCAAGGAAAAUUUAGUGAAGACCACUGUAGCUCAUGCAUCAUCUAUUACAAAAUAUAUCUACAACCAUUGUUAUCCAUUAUAUCUAAUGAGGAAGUUCACUAAGUGUCAUGAAAUUCUUCGGCCUGUGCAAACUCAUUUUGCUACAAAUUUUGUUGCUUUGCAAAGCAUAUACAAGCACAAGGCUGAUCUUCAUGCAAUGGUGGUCUGUAAACCAAUUGUUAGGGUGUUGAGAAUUGUGGACAGUGAUGAGAGACCUGCAAUGGGCUAUCUAUUUGCAGCCUUCCAUGCUUCUCGAGAGGAAAUUGAGAAGAGGUUUCAGAGGAAGAAGGAUUUGGAUGAGAUUCGAAAGGGAAAUAAAGCAUGGACCGUAGAAGAUAAUCCACCACAUCUAAACUUGGAAGAGCUAAAUGAAUUCCGUGGUGAAUUUGCUUCUUUGAGUAUACAAUGUAGUGAUGAUUUAGAGCUAAACUUGGAUGAGGCUGAGGCUGAUACAAUGGAAGAAAAUGAAGUAAUGGCUGCUGUCAACGAAAAUGUGCUUGAUGAUCUUGAUAAUGCAUUUGAUGAAGGUUUGGAAGCAAGUCUGAGUGCUGCAGCUGAAGUUCAAGAUUGGGCGCCAUUUUACUAG